AUGUUGCGGUCUAACAAAUUUUAUGGUCCAAUUCAAUCUUCGACGACUGUUUGGUCACAAUUCCCUAAGUUGCGGAUCAUAGGCCUCUCUAACAAUAACUUUAAUGGUCAGUUGCACCAAAAGUACUUCCAAACAUGGAAUUCCAUGAAAUCCGUUUAUGAUGUUGAAUCUAUUGAAUCGUUCACGUCCACGAAGCCAUACACAAUGACAAUAAUACACAAAGCUUCCAGAACAGAGCACCAACAUAUCCUAAACAUAUUCACGGCUAUUGAUCUCUCUUGUAACCAUUUUGAGGGAGAAAUCCCUCUAUCACUCAAAGAUCUUCGAGGCCUUCAAGCACUCGAUCUUUCCAACAACCAUCUUACUGGAGGUGUCUUGCCAUCGUUGGGGUACCUUAAGAAUCUUGUGGCGUUGGAUCUCUCCCGAAACAAUCUAUCUGGAGAAAUUCCUCAAUGUUAA